AUGGGUUCGCGGUCUGCGAGGUGUGUGGCGGUACUGUGGCUGCUGCUGCUGGCGGCGGCGGGGGCGGAGGCUGGGGGCGCAGAGCUCCCAGUGGUGAGGAUCCUGCAGGGCGCGGUGCGAGGCCGCCGACAAGCGACUAGCAACGGCCGCCCACUGCUCGCUUUCUACAACCUGCCGUACGCCAAGCCCCCCGUCGGGUCGCUGCGUUUCAAGGAUCCACAGCCGCCAGAUGGAUGGGUGCACAUCCGAGAUGCCACUAUGCGUGGGCCCGACUGCGUACAGAAUGACGAGUUUUUCUUCCAUACUGGAGUGUCUGGAUCUGAAGACUGCCUCUACCUCAACGUCUACACACCUGAGCUGUCACCAUCCAGUCCACUGCCAGUUAUGUUUUGGGUUCAUGGAGGAGGAUUUUUCUAUGGGGGUGGCUCAGUCUAUGGACCGGAUUUUCUCUUGGAUCAUGAUGUAGUAUUAGUAACCAUCAAUUACCGACUUGGAACGUUAGGUUUUCUGAGCACCGAAGAUGAAGCUGCUCCAGGAAAUUUCGGACUUAAAGACCAGGUGGCGGCGCUGCGUUGGGUACAGGAGAACAUCGCAGCGUUUGGCGGAGAUCCGGACAGAGUCACCAUUUUCGGCGAAAGUGCGGGGGCGGCCUGCGUACACCUCCUCGCACUGUCACCCCUCGCCAGAGGUCUCUUCCACCGCGUCAUCAUGGAGAGCGGCUCCGCGCUGACGCCCUGGACGUUGGCACGCAAUGGGGAGUCAGCAGCGAGGGCGCGGCAGGUGGCCGCCUCCCUGGGCUGCCCCACACAGCCCCAUGCCGCCAUGGUCGACUGUCUGCGCGGUGUCGACGACCACAAGCUACUGCUCGCCGGGAACAUCAUUAAGAAAUGGGGCGUACACCCUGUCGUACUGUUUCAUCCCGUCGAGGAAGCUGCCACGCCUUCUUCAUUUCUUCCCGGACCCUCGCCACUCUUGAAGCCUGCUGAAGUGGACUGGAUGGUUGGCGUGAAUGAAAAUGAAGGAGGAAUUUUUAGUGCAGGGUUUUAUGCGAACAGUUCAGUGUGGAAAGAGUUCGAAAAUAAUUUAAACACUUUGUUACCGAUAACGAUAUUUUAUGAUACCGCACGAAAUGCUGAUCUCAUUGGAGAAAAGAUUCGUGAAUUUUAUUUUCCAUCUGGAAGUCUCUCUCUCAAGGGUAUGACUGAACUGUACUCAGAUGUCAUGUUUAUUUGGGGAAGUGACGAGGCAGUCCGACGUUACAGAAACAUGGCCUCUGUCUACUAUUAUUAUUUUACCUACAGAGGAAAGUACAGGGCAGCAGAUCCCUAUCGAAAAAUUGACUUUGAUUUCGGUGCUGGACACACAGACGAACUGUUCUACUUAUUUCCGAAAAACCCGUUUUACCCAGAAAAUUAUGAGUUACCAGACGAAGACAGGAAUAUCGCUGAUACGUUGACUAAGUUGUGGACCAAUUUCGCUAAAACUGGGAAUCCAACUCCAGAUGGUGAGUCUGUAACGUGGCCGAAAGUUGCGUCUGAUGAUGAACCGGAGUACUUGGAAAUCGGUAAAGAACUAAAAGCAAAGAGGGGUUUCGCCAAGGAGCGUAUGGAAUUCUGGCGAUCUGUGACUCCUUUAUGGGAUUUUGGAACUGUAUCACACCUGAUGGGCACGCAAGAGCCCGAAACCGGUCGUGGUUUAAGUACUGAAAAAUAAAAGAAACCUUACAACUGAAGCACUAUUUACAACCGCUACUAUAGUGCUCACUUGCGGACGUUCCUCCAGUAGGAUUAUUUCAUUUAGUACUGCGGAGUAGCAUGUUUUCGGUGGGCACAACUCUCAUCAGUUCGGUAGGCUCUGGGUGUCAGCGCUGUUUACCUUCGCAGCUUGUUCAUGGUAUGAAGGACGUUCACAUGUCCAGAAUGUUUACAUAAAAUGAGGCGUCUAGAGAUCUAUCGUCACAAGCCUUUACAAAUGGGAAUAACAGAAGAGAGGGAUGGGAAUUCCCGGCAUCUAUUAUGCAGUCGCAUAAUCGAUUGGUGCUGCAGAUUUACUUUGAAACCACAUUACAAUACCAUACAGAAAUAAUUGAAAGAUACAGUUCAUCAAGCGAAAGCAAAAUAUUGCUAAGAUCGACAGACAGGAUUCGUGGUUCUGUACACAAAGAGGCACUUUGUGAUAAAUUUGCAGGUGUAGCGCACAUGAAGAAAUAGAUGACAUGAAGAGUGAGUUGCUGAACUCCCAUGCAUUAUUCCACUGUUAGCUGCAACAGUUUUCGAUGGAUUUGAACGAAGAAUAUGGAGAAUUUAUAUAUUGCUGAAAAGUACGUUGGUUCAGUGAGAGAAAAUGCUGGAAAGAUUUUUCAAUUUGAAACCCGCUAUUGUUGUAUUUUUGAAGGAAUAAGUAGUGCAGGAAUGAAAAAUAGAACAUCUCGAAUGGAUUGAGGACCUCACAUAAUUAAGUGGACUUGGCUGCCCACUGCCCCCAGUAAGACACUGAAACGUGAGAAACAUAUUAUUUCUGACUUCAUCGGGAUGCACUUAAAAAAAAAAAAAAAGCGCGUUGUAGGAGGAACAAAUUUUGACAAACAUAAUCCAGUUCCCCAAGUCACUGGCGUCAAAGAAAACGCGAGGUCCGAAGAAUUAAUUGUGGUAUUGAAAGAAUUACGAGGGUAGUUUUCUAAACGUUUGAGGGUACUGCCAGUUUCACCUGUUUUCGAACUGCAUUUUCAGUUGAAAGCUCUCUUGUGCAUGUGCAAAUGCAACCGAUUGAUUUACACUGUAAUUCCCAUUUUAAAGACACCAUCCUUUCACGUUAAAACUGCCUAGGCUGUCGACAUCGUUUUCCUCAGGCAGAGAUUCCGUGUCUCCAUCAUUAGGGUUCAGAAGUGCUUCGAUCGGCAUACGUUUGUGGAAGACAUUAUUUUCGAUUAUGAAACUAAAUAACUCACAAUUACAUGGAAAACUGAGUGCAGAAAUCCGUGAAAUAGUCUGCGGCUGUCCGUUGGCCGACAUUUCGUACCAGGUAAAGAUUGUCUUCAGUGGGCCAAAAAUAAUUCAAUAAUACUGAAAAUUUGUUUCGUUUGUGAUCUAUGUUAUUGAGAAAUGUGAAAUAUAAAACUGCAUCGCUGUUAAAA